AUGGAUAAAGCUUCAAUCCUUGGUGACGCAAUAGACUUUAUAAAGGAGUUAUUAAAGGAAAUACAAGAGCUUCAAGAUGAACUGGAGGAGCAUUCAAAUGAUGAAGGGAGCCCCGAGAACGAUACUGCAAUAACAGCUGCUUCAGGUAAUGACAGUACUCUUCCUAAAGUGCAGAAUCAAGACCUAGAAAUCACUAAUGACAAGACACAACAAAUGGAGGUGCAAGUUGAAGUGGCUCCAUUAGAUGGAAGCGAGUUCUUUGUUAAAGUGUUUUGCGAACAUAAGCUAGGUGUAUUUGUAAAAUUGAUGGAAUUGGGUCUGGAAGUGACAAAUGCAAAUAUAACCCAUUUUAGGGUACUUGUUUCUAACGUGUUCAAAGUAAAGAAAAAAAGUAGCGAGAUUGUUCAAGCUGAUCAUGUGAAGGAUUCUUUGCUGGAGCAAACAAGAAACCCGUCUAGAGUAUGGCCUCAUGAGAUGGCAAAAACUUCAGAUUGCAUCAAUGGAGUGCGAGUAUAA